AUGGCUGAACAUCCCUCCUUCACCCUCGCUGCGCUUCUACCCGCAGGGGGCAUCGCUGGAUAUUUGCGGUCCGGCUCCGUGCCGUCCUUGGUCGCAGGUGUUGGACUCGGGGUGUCUUAUGGGUUCGCUGGCUACUUGAUCAAGGAGAACAAGGACUACGGCACCGAACUUGCUCUCGGUAACAGUGUUCUCUUGCUGGGAUCUGCGAUCCCGAGAGUCAUCAAAACGGGAGGUAGAGCUCCUAUGCCUCUGGCGCUUGCUGCGACUGGAUCCUUGGCGGCGUUUUACUAUCAGAAGAAGGUUCGGGAGUUUCGCUACGGAGUUUAA